AGUGUGCAGCCAGGUGUUUUCUUUGAUUCGUCUGAUGUUUUCAGUUUAUCUUAUGCUAUCACUUUUUCUGGGUGGUUCUCAAAAACAUUCUUCUGAUGAAGAUCCAGAUAAGAUAAAGGGCUUGAUCGUGGAAGGACAGCACAGUGAGUGUGUUUGACUUCUGGAAGGCGUCUCAGGAUACAGCUUAGUGAUCUGCUGAAUAUAUGUGCACCAUGACUGAGAAGCAUUCAAAACAAGGACAAGUGGCAAAUUGCUCAUCUUGAUAUUACUCUUGUGACUUUGGUUCUGCUUUUUUUGGGGUAGUUUAUGCUCACAUGUUGACUGAGGAAGAGUUGAGGUGAGCACCAGCAGGAAAUAAAGUGGGGAUGGACCCGGAUGUGGGUUAGAUGAGUGGUUAUUUGCAGCCAGGAAGUGGAACUAUGCCUCUGUGACGCCUGCACAGAAAGUCAUUGCAACGCACAUCCGCUGUGCACGGCUUAGAGAGGAGUAGGAAAAAAACGGUGCGGGCUUAUGGCCAUUAACUGAAGUUAAUAAUAAAUUAUUAAAAAGCCUACAGAUGGACACACGACUUGCAGUGAUCACAUAGAAUCAGUUGCCUGGGAAGCCAUGGAGAGCGAUCUCAUUCUUUCUGAACAGUCUGCCUAUCCAGAACCGGAUAACUUUACGGCAGAAGAGCCAUAUUUGGAAGCCAAGCUAUACAUAGAGAGGGUGGAGCAGGAGAACCGAUGCCAGGAAGAAAACCAUGAUCCAUUGGCCACAGAUGGACCUGAACUCUUAGAACAUGGGGUUUCCAUUACAAUGUACCCUGUUAGGGUUCCCAGCAUGCAUUUCAGCUGUGCUACAGUACAGUGGGAUAUGCCACAAACUCCUGCAGAUGCUCCAUCCCAAGACUCAGGCUCAAGUGAGAUUAACUCGAGUUAUGGAUUGAGUAUGGACUGGGUAGUUAAUCCUCUAGACGUGCCUUUGUUAUGCCAGGAGGAAAUUAUUGAUCUGGUACUGGAUGAUGAACCUGGACAGACAGAGGAUGACUUGCAGCAAGGGCCAGCUAUAAAUAUAGAAGUUAACUCUUGCCAGUUAUAUGAUGCACACACAGAGGUGCAGUUUUUUGGGACACCAUCAAACGAAGAUGACCAGACACCAUUUACAGAGACCUCACAGAUGUCAGAAGUGAGUGAUGAUGGUGGAUUAGUGGACUAUGAGAAAAACAAUGAUGAGAUAGAAAGCCAUCUCUGCAUAGAGAACCCAGAGAUCCAACUGGUUCCUGAGGGUUUAGAAGUUCUUGAGGAGGAAUCCGUAAAAACAGAAAACAAUGUGCUUUUAACUGAAUCAGAGCAAGGACUUGGAGAUGUGGGAGAAACAAAAGAGGCUGGGGAGCUCAAUACCGAGGAUGAUAUCAGUGUAAUCAUAAUGACACCUUGUGUGGAAGACUGCAGUACUACACCACAGUCAGAAACAAAUGACCCAGUCCUAGAACUGGAUUCCAAACAAAGUGAGGAACCUGGUCUAAUCCAAGAGUCAGAUCCACCCCAACCAGUAGUACCACCUGAUUUGGUCUGCAAUGCUGUAGAGGCAGUAGAAACUGAAGAUUCUGAAAAUGUGGAGUUGAUUAUAAUUGCUAACGAUGAGACACUGGAGUUAGAAAAUGCAGAAACGUUUCUGGAGAUGCAAGAAUCUGUGUUGGAAGUCAAGCAAGAGGAACCAACCUGUGAAGAGCAGAUCGAAAUUACAGUGGAAGUGGAACUUCAUGAAUGCAAAGAACAAUUAAUACAACAGUUAGAAUGUUCAGACGAGGUGGAAAACUCAAAACAAGAACAAGAACAAGAAGAGUCAAAACAAGGACUUUUACUUGGUGAAGAACCUUCAGAAGGGUCAAAGCAAUCAAGUUCUAAUGAAACAGAAACGUCAGACCAGGCAAGUCAGACAAAAAGUACAGAUGACAUAGAAGCAAGUCAAGCAGAAAGUCCCAAUGCGACAGAACACUGGGACGAGUCAGAAAGGUCCACUGAAACAGACACAUCUCAAGUCUCAGAAUCAAAGGACAGUAAAGAGACCAAUCAACCAAACGAGCUCCAACAAACCGAGCAGGAAGACCACACCAACUGUGAACAACAUCAGAACCAUGACAUAGACAGUGUAAGAGAAACUGAAGAAGUAUCAUCCAAGCAUGUGCAUGUGGCAGAGGAACAACAGGAGGAAUCUGUAGAACCUGUGAUUCCCUACAAGAACGGGAACGUAGAAGUCGUGGACAGAGAAGAAGCUUGUAAACUUGCAGAGAGACUUUACAAGCUUGACAAUGUUCAGCGUACAGAUGUGGUCCGACAUCUGGACAAAGACAAUGCGUUCAGUCGUGCUGUUGGGGAGGAGUACCUGAAGUUCUUCGACUUCACUGGCCAAAGCUUGGAUGAAGCUCUUCGGUCUUUUCUGAAGGAAGUGGUUCUGAUCGGUGAGACUCAGGAGAGGGAGCGAGUGCUCGAUCAUUUCUCCAGACGUUAUCAGCAGUGCAACCCUGAGACAUUCUCCUCACCUGGAGCCGUGCUCACACUCACAUGUGCUGUCAUGUUGCUCAACACAGACCUGCAUGGACAGAAUGUUGGGAAGGCCAUGUCCCUGACUGUCUUUGUGUCUAACCUGGAUGGGAUGAACGAAGGAGAGAAUUUCAGUAAAGACUUACUGAAGAGUCUUUAUAACUCAAUCAAGAAUCACCAGCUUGAGUGGGCAGUAGAAGAGAAGGAAUUGUUGAACUCUAUAACCUUGGAGCAGGACUCGGAUCAGGAUGCGUCUCUUCGAUCGAAGAGUAACCCCUUCCAGGAUCUUGCUCAUGACAAGAAGGCCACUGUGUUCCAGAAAGGCUUCCUGAAGCGGAAAGCGCAUGCGGACAUAGACGGCAAGCGCACUCCAUGGGGAAAGAGGAGUUGGAAGACAUUUUAUGCAGUGCUUAAAGGAAUGGUGCUGUACUUGCAGAAGGAUGAAUACAGGAAGGACUGGCAGAGCUCUGAGGAGGUGCUCAGUGUCCAUCACGCUCUGGCAGAGAGAGCACAGGACUAUACCAAGCGGCCUCACGUAUUCCGCCUGCAGACCGCAGAUUGGAGGGUCUUCCUGUUUGAAGCACAAUCUACAGAGCAAAUGAACUCAUGGAUCGGCCGAAUCAACUUGGUGUCCGCUCUGUACUCAUCUCCUCCAUUUCCUGCUGCUGUUGGCUCUCAGAGGAAGUUCUGCAGACCCAUCCUACCUGCAACACAGUCUACACUCACUCUGGAGAAGCAGCUGCAGUCACAUGCCGCCAUGCUGCAGUCGUUUCAGGAGGACCUGAGCGCUUUACAGCAGGGGGCACAAGAGAGCCGCAGGGCAAAAGCCAGAGAAGUGGAGGAGCACAGACAGAAGGAGGAGUACCUGCAGCAUGAGCGAUCCCGUUAUGAGGCUUAUGUUCACAUUCUGGAUGUCUGGCAGACACUCGGAAAGUCCUCCGAGACGGUCGGCGGGACAGACCUCGCCCUUUUCGACCAGGAGCUAUGGAAAGGAGCAGACAUUGAAGAAAAGGAGGACAGUGACGUAGAUGGAGGGAUGAAGAGAUCUCAUUCCAGUCCAUCUCUCGAACUGGAAGUGGCUACUCCGCCCGUGGUGAAAGUGAGGCGUAACAUCUCGGAGAGACGGACCUAUCGCAAGAUAGUCAUUCCCCGACGUAAUCGGGAGGUAUAAGACUAAAAAUCAAACUGUUACAGACUCAUCAUUCUAAAAGUGACUGUAUUUUUACAUAAAAUCUUCAUCAAUUCUUCAGUACCCAAAUUCCUUUAUUUAAAGAGGGUUGCCUUGCAGAAUGUCCCAUAUGCAAACGUAACUUGAAAACGUUGGUCAUUUAAUUGACACAACAGCACGCUCACUUCUGAACCAACUUCAUGAGCACAUGAGCUAACAGACCAACACUUCAUUUAUGUCACUUUAUGUAUGAAAAAUAUAGUGACGUUUUCAUAUAAGUAAGCAAUCUUCACAAUACAGAAGUGUCAUAAUAGAGUAUCAUUUUAGCAAUUUACUCAGCGAUUAUUCUGAACCUACUACACUUAGAAACAAGGGUUCUACAUUUAAGCUUUUUUCUAAGAGGGUGCCAAGAACUGUUUUUAAAAAAAGGUAAAUUAGAGUUAUUUAGAGUUAUUUUUAGAGCUGGGACAAAACAAUGUAAAUAAUAUGAAGUUGAAAUAUAUCAAUUUGUCUACUAAAAAUGAGUAAUUUUUCCUUGUAUUAUGCAUUGUUGUCAUUACUGCUUUCAGUAAACAAUGAUUUAUUAGUCUUAUAUUAAAUAGUUCAGACUAAAUUGGUAUAAAAUUAUACUCAAUUUUCAAAAUGUACAAAAUAAAAACAGUUCUUGGUGGUGGACAUGGAUUUUUGGACCGUACUUAAUGUUUAACAAGUCCUGUUUACAACUCGUGAGUCAAAUGAAAACCUUAAUUUAAAAAAUAAUUUUGUUUAUUGCAAUUCGGUGCCACAAAAGUGUCAUUUUUCUACAUAAUCUCCAUUUCGUUCAAGUGUUCCAGCACUUAUGUCUCUGGAUUCCUCUAGAAAAAAAAAUUGAUUCAAUACUCUUUUAAGGUUUUCAUUUGACUCACCCUUGUAUUUCCUAUAUACUGUAUAUUCCUCUGGAAAAAAAAAUGCUCUUCAGGGGUUUUUGGGAUGGCUAAAAGAUUGCUCCUAGAACCCACUCUGAUGGGGAAACACCCUGUUGUAUGGCUCCAUAUCAAAACCUUCAAGAGUUCCCUGGUGUAGUGACAGAUUGUGUCCACAAGAGGGAGCCUGUUGCUUGUUUGUCUGCAGUAAGUGCACUAUAGACUAUAAUCCAAGUAUCUCAAAGGGCUGAAUUCAGAUCACAGCGUUUCAGAUCUCCUGAUUUAGGACCAAAAUCUAAACUUAAGUAUAUUAUAGUCUAUAAUGUUUUUUUUUUAAAGAAACUUCAGUGCACUGUGUAAGCUGUGACAUGAUGAAAAAAAUUACAGAAUUACUGAAUGUUCUUAUUUUUUAACAGAAGAAUUUUUCGAACUUUUUUUUUUAAUGUCAUGCACAUUAUUGUUUGCACAUUAUUAGAAAUAUCAGUUUGACUUUGCUAUAAAUAAAUUAAAUUUAUUUUAAAGAUAUUUUACAGAUUUGUGUCAUAUUAAAUAUACAUAUGCAAUAUUUUGUUAUAUUAAAUGAAGUCCUGUCUUUAAAAAUGUUUCUAGAUACUGCAUUGUUUCCCUUGAAGCAAUAUUUCACUGUUUCUGGAGCUCAUACAUUGUUUUUG